AUGCAAGGCCCAUCUCAUGGAAUUAAUCAGCUUCAAUCACCAGAGAUUCAUUCAAAUGAAUCGAGAAGAGCUAGUGUUGAUGCAAUUGACAGUGAUAAAGGUACAUCUUAUGUAGUCCCCGAUUCACAAUUUCCUCCAUUUUCAUCUAAAAUAGGGUCCGACGAUAUUAUUCUCAAUCAAGCACCAGAGAUGGGCAACAAAUCAGAUGAAGACAAUAACAAGCGAACAGUAUGGAUAGUGGCAUAUGAUAAGCUCCUUGCAACGGCCUACACAAUUAUGAGUGAAGAUUCAGUAGUUGGUAAUGUCCAGAAGAGUGAGUCAUUUUGGAAACGAGUUGUGACAUACUUCAAUACCAAUCAAGCUAAAGGAGCUAAAAAGAGAACUGCAGAGAAAGCAAAAUCACAUUGGGCUUCAUUGAAAAAGAUCAUAAAUAGAUACAAUGGAAUCUACAAUAAAUGGUAUAAUGAUCGACCAAGCGGAUGGAGUGAUGAGGAUUUGAUGGUGCGAGCUCAUGAAGAAUAUAAGAAUGAUAGAGAAAUCCGAUUUCGUCCAAUGGGACAGAAGGCAGCAAAGAGGAAAGGCAAAGAAAGAGUAUGCCUACUUGAUGAAUUGAAUCAGUUUAUGCAACAAUCAAUGGCGCAGUUGGAAGAGUAUAAUAACAAUAAGAAAGUUGAUAAACUCAUCCAAGCACAUCAACUCCUCGUAAUGGACACACGAGGCAUGACUAAUGAACAACUUCAAAAUCAUCUAGCGAUAUGUGAACAACUGAAGAAAAAAUUGAACAUGUAG